AUGUUCACUAUCCAGAACUUUCACUCCAUCGACCCCUUUGCUGUUGCAAGUAAGGGUGAUGACCUGAUGCCUGUGGGAACAGAGGAUUAUAUCCAUAAAAGAAUUCAACAGUGCAACAGCAGGAAGACCCUGACCACUGUCCAAGGGAUCGCUGAUGAUUACAACAAAAAGAAACCAGUGAAGGCAUUUAGAAAGAUAUUUGCCUGCAAUAGUACUAUGACUGAGCAUUCAGAAUAUGGAGAAGUGAUUCGGCUCCAGGGUGAACAGCACCAGAACAUAUGCCAGUUCCUUAUAGAGACUGGACCAGCUAAGGACAACCAGCUGAAGGUUCAUGGGUUUUCAGUGCUUGUGGCUCACAGAAACUUAAGUGAGGUUUUCCUUGCAAUUAAUAGAAAAAUCCCCACCUCUUUGUCACAAGUUUAA